AUGGUUCGGCGCUCGGUCCCUAAUUUUAAAAACCGUAGGUCGAUCAUCCCUAAUUCAGUCGUGCGGCCUCAUCCAUCUCUCCUCCCCUUUGCCUCUUCGACGUCGCCUCAGCCUCACAGCCUCAACCUCGCAUCGUCACCACCACUCACCAUCGACUUGGCGCCGUCGCAUUGUCAGAGGUGCCUCUUCUUCAUAGCCUGA